AUGCCGAAAGUUCCGAAAGUGCCAUCCGUGCCGAUCCCGGACAUGGACAUUCCGUUUGUCCCAAAGUCCAACAAGACAUCCUAUUCCAUGGAGGCGUCGGAGAUCAACAAUUCGACCGACAUUUACGGCAACGACGAAGAAGCUGGGAACAAACGCGCCAAGAGUGAAGCUCCUCACGAUCGAACGUGGGAAGAAAAGGAAAAGGAAGAGUCUUUUGAACUCGAAGAAGAUCUCUACAGUCUCCUCUACUUGGCCCGUACUUGCUCCAUGACAACCUUUGUCACGGUGGGCGUCUUUUUGCUGCAAAUGUUCAUUUUGGGACUCAUUUUUGCCGAUCUGACGGCGGAAGCACCCGUGCACAAAGAAGUGGUAUUUUUCCCAUUGGAAGUGCCCGUGGAUAUCCCGACCACCGUGGCAGUGGCGCAGUUUGUGUCUCUCUUGGUAGCUACCAUCAAAGAGGAAGAUAUUUUUGUGUCACUCAAGGCUCUGAUUGUGGUGGGCCAUGAUGAAAGAGUCAGUGUCAGAUUCCCAGGAGCUACGCCCCUCAAAUGGUGGAUUGCCAACACGUUGAGAUUUCUUACUGAGAGGAACCUUUUCGAGCGGUAUUCUUCCGUGUUCUUUCCGACACCCAAACCAGCCCAGCCCAAUUCACAGACAUCUCUUCCUUGUGUGGCAUUGCCCAAUCCCAGAAUUGUGUAG